ACGAUGGACAACGCCAGCAACAAUGUUCUAAUGUACCAGUCGUUCAUUUUCUCGCGUUUUAACGGUAAGCAACCCCUGGCUGGCCGUCUCCUCGGUAAGACGCGCUAUGAACACACAUCUCAAGGCGAUAGUUUCAGAGUUAUUCAGAAAUCCUGACGUUGCAGAAGCACUGCGUAAAUAAAGGUUUUAGCCAAAACUAUGAGGAGGUCUCCUCGAAUAUGCGCCAGUUUGAAAGAUGCUGGUAUAUCAUUAAUGCCGCUUGAAGCACCUACCCGGUGGAUGUACACUUGGCGUCAACUAAAACUGUUCCUGGAAAAUUAUGUUAGGUACAAGUUAUGGCUCGAGGGGCAUGAGGACGGCGGUGACACGGACAUCAUCUACAUGCUUCGAGGCUACAUUCAUUUUGAUGAGAGAACUUUGAGCAUGUUGCAUUAUUUCGUCAGAAGUCUCCAGGUUUUCAAUGAAUUUUCGAUGAAAUUGAUAGACAGCUUCUAUUCUUAUUGCAAAGGUGCUCUUCAGGGGCACGAGCUCCCGAAAAAGAGGGCUGGCUCCGAUUUUUCAUGCUUAAAUGGAACGCCAGAGCUCCUUCGCAGCGAUAAACGGCUCGUUUUAGAAGCGAUUCUAGCGUCUGAAAAAAGCCACCAAAAGUAUUUGACUUGGGUCCGCCAGAAACCACUGUAUUAUGUGGCAGUGAUAUUAGAUCCAGGCGCUAAGGCGGGUGCCUUGUACAGAAUGAUGUCAAACGAAGAGGCCGACGAGCGCAUGAAAGAAGCAAGCCACACAUGGAUCCGGCGAUCUCAUAUUCGACAGGGAGGACUUUCGGGAGACAUCUGAGAAUUCGCAGGCUUUAAAUGAUGCGGAUACACUAAUCACAGAUGAGGAGGAGCUUAUGGAGGAGUAUUACACUUACCUGCGAGAGCCGUUGUUGAAAAAGAGGUCUACUGAAACCGCGGUUGCUUGGUGGUACCAACAACGGAGCAGAUUUCCGAGGCUCUUACCACUUGCCAUAUCCUUAUUCUACACUAAAUUAAGCUCGUGUGAAGUGGAGAGAACGUUUUCAUUGGCCUCGAGGGUCACGAGAAAGGAUAGAACCCGACUUUCAGCAAGAAACUUCAAAUCCCUAAUGUUGCUGCGAGACAGAUUUGAUAGGUUUGGCUUUUAUAAGGGCGGCCCCUCUGCGCUCCGUGAUGUUUGCAACGAGAAGUAUGACAUCUACGAAGCUCACGAUGAGGAGUUGGAUCCGUUCGAACUUCACGCUGCCUCUGAUGACACUCUUUGCGGCAGUGACAGAGAAUUAGAUGAUGAUGAUUUAGAACCGGAGGCAGCCGAGGAAGAUGAAGAAAUCAUGCGUGUAGCUGAACAAGAUGGUGUGUAA